AUGGAUACCAUCUUGGUUUUCAGCCUAAUCAUUACAUCCUAUGAUGCUAACAGGAAAGAACUCAGAGACAGCAGCUGCCAAGUGGGACCGCUGCCUGGUCUCUUCCUCUCAAAGGAACUGGCUUCAUUUUCCUAUCUGGCUUUUCUCCUUCCAGAAGCUCAGACAGAAGCCAAAUGGCCCACAUAUCAAAAUCAGACUGUGGCUACCUUGCAGUGUCUUGGUUCUAGGAGCAAAGUGAAAGUCAACCUUGUAUAUUUGGAAAAAAGGCGAAGUCACACUCUGAAGAACCUGAGAGUCACUGUUCCCCGCAGAAACAGCACUGCCCCCCCGAGCUGUCACCUAACCCUCACAUCCAAGGUUCAAAUUGGAUCCCUUGUGACAGGCAAAGCUUUUUUACCAGGGAUCUCCCAGUGUAAGGUCUAUCCAGUGAUGGGGGCUUCAUCAGAGACUUUUCCCACCACUACCACCUUCGUAACUCCUGGGAAAAAAGGAGAGAAAACUACAAGGAUUGAUGAUUUUUCUAGUCCUCUGAAACAAGACACAGAUGAGGACCUAGAGAAGAGGCAGAAAUGGAGCAUCGUGGUCAAAUUUCUGAUUGCAGUCACCUUGUUGUUCAGUGGAAUUGCCAUUAGAGUGUUCGUCAUUUUUGAAGUCCCAUGCCCUAGUCAAUGCCUAGGAGCCAGAGAGCUAUGCCAAUGCCAGAGGUGGUGGAGAAGGCAAAGAAAGGAAGGCCAGCAACCUGGUGUAGCGGAAUCCCAGACUGACUCUCAGCCCAAAAAGGAAAGUGUUGGACAAGAUGCUCCCAAAUCAUCAAGCCCCAAGAAAGCUGCAGAGAUCACUGUGGUCCACGAGACAUACUUCUGAAAAGUUCUGCUCCGCCUCACACACUGAAUGAAAGAUACUACAUUGUCUUCUCCCUACUAUUAAUCAGUAUGGGCAGAUUCUUGCCAAUUUUACCCUCGUAUCUUCAGCAGGGACAUUACGAUCAGACAGUAAUGCCAGGCCAAUGAGGGGGAAGCCUGGGCUCCAGAGUUACUCUCAUGCCUUUGCUACUGACUUAGCCACAAGCCUCUGAAAUUCACUUGGUAAUCCCACAAAAAAUGGAUAUUUUUUUCAUCCCAUCAAAUGAAAACAAAAAGUCUUCCCUCUAAGCACUAUGAAUGGACCCAUUACUCUCUUUGACAAAAGGUUUAAACACAGCCUCCAAGGAACUGAGCAAAGCAGCCCUUGGUGUGGCACAUUCACCAAGUCCUCUAUUGUCCUCUCUGCUGACCUCACACGCACUGGCUCUCAGCCGGCUGAGGAUGGGGCUCCUGUUUUCCCAGGCUGGCAUUCAUAGGGCUUUAUGACUUAGCCUCUGUCACUACAUGCAGCUCUCCACACACUGGGGAAGGGAACGUGACCCUAAGCGUUCCAAAAGUCCUCGUCGUGACUCAUCCCCAAAGCGCUUAGGGACUGCAUACAAAUAGGAUCCAGACUGGGAAUUCCCUGGUGGUCUAGUAGUUAGGACUCGGCACUUUCACUGCUGUGGCCUGGGUUCAAUCCCUGGUCGGGGAACUGAGAUCCUGCAAGCUGUGCAACGCAGCCAAAAGACAAAAACAAACAAACAAAACCAAAUAGGAUCCAGACAAGGUCUGCGGAUAAUCGAGAAUUCCUAAAGUUGGUCUGACAUUAUACCUUACCAUCACGGUGAGCUGCAGACAUUCUGAACAAGGAUUGCAGAGCAACAUGAUUAUGUGCUCUUUCUCACAGAGGCACGGCUAUAAGUCAAGUCUGACUUACUUAAAUAAGAGUUUGGUGAGAAAGUGAA